AGAAAAGACAAAUAUAAACGUCAUUCAUCUGUGUUCAUUGCACAGCUGUUCUUAGGUUGAGUGAGGGUACUCGUAUUAGUACGUCAGCUGUUCAGUAUUUUGAUUAAGAUCAACCUCAAAAAUUUGCAAAUAUGUCGGAAACGGAAGCUGCAACUUCGAGCAGCGAAUCACCAAACGAAAAUGUUGAAAGUAGUGAUAAACAAAAGGAAAAUGGCGAACCGUGUUCAAAACGUCGGAAAAUUUCGAGUCCAUCUGUAAAAAGUGACAAGCUAGAACAAAGGCUGGGUGGAAUUUUGUGCUGCGCAGUUUGUUUAGACCUCCCUAAAUCUGCGGUUUACCAGUGCAGCAAUGGGCACCUUAUGUGUGCCGGCUGUUUUACACAUGUCCUUGCGGACGCUAGGCUGCGAGAUGAGACCGCCACGUGCCCCAAUUGUCGUGUGGAAAUCAGCAAAACGUCAGCCACCCGAAAUUUGGCUGUUGAAAAUGCCGUAUUAGAAUUGCCAUCGGAAUGCCAGUAUUGUGGACAUGAGUUUCCCCGAAACACUUUAGAAAAACACGAAGAAACGCUAUGCGAAGAAAGGAUAUCUGGGUGUAAAUUCAGUCGUAUUGGUUGUCCAUGGAGGGGUCCUGUUCAUGAAAUAAGCGAACAUGAAGGUCAUUGUGCCCAUCCCCACAAAUCGGGGGCCGAUGUCAUGGAAGCUUUGCAAGUUAUUGAUGAACAUAACGCCAACGAACGUAAAGUUUACGACUGUAUUUUUGAUUUAUUGGGAUACGAGAAAAUUACGUUUAACGAUCUGCAAUUGAAGCCAUACAGGACAGAUGAGUUUGUACACCGUCUGUUUUAUGAAACAUCUCGUUUUUCUGCGUUUAAUAACCAGUGGGUUGUAAAAGCUCGAAUUAAUAACAUGCAAAAAGAUCCCACACAAAGCUCAGAACGUGAGAUGACUUACCAGUUGAUAUUGAAAACGAAAACUACCGUUCCGCUGCAUGUCCAUUACAUAAUACUGAAGGGACCCUUUGGAGACAUGAAAAUCAAACCCACAAUCUAUGAGUUUGAAUUUAACGAUCAAGAAAAUGAGGGACCUUACAUGCCCCUUGCUUUGCCUGACACAGCAGAAUGUAAUCGUCUACUAGCAGCUAAAACUAUCAACUUUAGGUUGAUAAUGUUUCUAGCUUCAAAGUAAAAUCUUUCUAAGUGCGACAAAUUUUUUCUUCUGAAGCUUUAAUUCAUAGAGUCCUUCUUUGUCGUGGCCGAUAUUUCAAUAAAAAAAAAGAGAAAAGAAGGCAAUGCAGAAGUACAACCUCUUACUUAAAAUUAUUAUUGUGGAAAAGAUCUCUGAGUAAAAUGUUUAGUGUCAUAUUAUAUAUGUACCAGUUUAAUACCUAGUAAAAAAUAUUCUGUAAAUUUACUACAGCAUUUAGUUUAGUUUUUACCAAUGUAUAACAAAAAAUAAUUUAUUUAUAUUCUUUUUGAAAUUGUAAAGAGAACUUUUUCUUUUUGAUAUAUUAGUGUGUUAUAUUUAUUGAUUUGUUUUAUAUGAUUCAAGUGUAUGAAUCUUUUUAGUUGCAAUUUAUAUAUAGAUUUUAAAAGAAAUAAAUAAUUUACAAUUACGAAAGUGAAUAAUCUUAAGUAGUAUUUGUAAUAAAAAUUAAUUUAAAUAGUGUAUUACAACAGAAUUAUGUUUAUUUGUUUGUAUUGCUGUUAGUUUACCUGAAUUAUUGUUUCAGUACCGUUAAAAUAUUAACAAAUUAAAGUAGUUGUAAGGUCUUUCAUUAUGACAAUUACAAUAAUUGAUUUAGUGUUACUCAUUCAUUGUUUAAUAAAAAAUAUUCUAUAAAUUA